GUCUGUUAGAAUUCAAGAAAAUGUCUAAAGGAUGUUUAAGUUAUUUCAACAUCAUAUGUUUCAGGAAGAAGCAGAAUAAGAAACAACAGAAACCUGUGAAAGCAGAGGAUGUAGUUGAGCCGGUAGCACUAAAAGAUGAUGAAGAAGAAAGCCCGGAAAAGAAGAUGAUCAUCACAGGAACAUUUGGAUACAUCGAACCUGAAUAUCUCUCUACUAAUGCAUUUUCUCAGGGAAAACUUGAGGAAGGUGAUUCUGCUUCACCGUUGAAAAAUGAUUUCAACAAAGUGAAAACUUUUGAUUUACGAGGAGGGACAAAAACAAAGGAGAAGUGAGGACGGGGAUGAGACUUGAGAUGUGUAAUAUUCACCAUGUUCAACAUAUUUCAGGGUCUGCAUUACUUUCUUAUUCGAUAAUAUAAUCGUGUCUUAUUAGCCACUGAUCCUUACUUUUUAAUGUACCUGAUUACAUGUAAUGAAAUAAGUGGGAAUAGUAUGUUUUAUGAAUUAAAAGGGUUUAGAAUGUCUGCGUUUAUCACGU